GUCGUUGGAGAAUGGCUCGGAGGUGAUCAGAACGUCACCGGAGGACAACAGAGGUCGCCAGAUGAUGACUAAGAGGCGAUUAGAAAGUCGUGAGGAGGAUGGCUUGGNGGAGGUGAUCAGAACAUCACCGGAGGACAACAGAGGUCGCCAGAUGAUGACUAAGAGGCGAUUAGAAAGUCGUGAGGAGGAGGGCUUAGAGGCUUUCGGAAUGCCAUCGGAAGACAACCAGAAAGUCGCUGAAGGAUGGCCAGAACAUAUUGGAAGUUCGCUAGAGGAUGGUCGGGAGGUUGCUGGAGCAGAUUGGAACUUCGCCGAAGGAUGA